AUGGCGGACAUUGAAUCAAAGUUGAAACCUUUGAUAAUAUUUUUGUCACUAACGGGGGCAUGUAAGCCUUUCCAGAUAACAAAGAAAAACGUUAUUGUUUUUGUACUUUAUCUGGUGUUCCAAUUAAGUAUAUGGAUCUGGGCAUUGCAGAAAGGAAUAUGGUGUUACGUUAUAGAUGAGAGCUCGACAAUAGAAAAACUUGGACUCUUUUUCACUGUCAUCAUAGCUUCGUGUCAUGCAAGUUUGACCAUUAUUCUUGGACUUGUUUAUUUUCCUAAGAAAUUGAAUUCGUGUAUAUCAACUUGGAAUGAAAUAAAUUCGGAUCCUUACUUCAACAUCAAGAACAAUCAGCUUAACAAUGUUAAAAAGAAUUGUAUUAUUAGUGCAACCGUAGUAAUUACACUCUGUACUAUCUUUGUGGCUGUAAAUGAUCCACAUAGUGGUAAAUAUUGUAUAUACUCACCUAACUUUGGAAAUGACGUUUAUCUCUGGAUUAACGCACUGUAUACCUUAUUGAUGUCAAUUACAUACUUGGUACACCGAUUUUCCUAUUUAUAUCUGCACCUCAUACUGGUUAACACCAUCAAAAGAGAAUUCUGUAGGUGUGAUCAAGAAGUGAAGAAGGUCGAAGUUACAAGCUCUAAAUUCACUGCAAUAGUCAAAAUCAAGAAACGAUAUAUAAUGGUUUGUCGAAUGGUCGAAAAGGUCGAUGAUCUCUUCAUGCCAUUUUCCUCGUCAUUAUUCACCAGCAGUUUUAUUACGAUAUGUUUAGCAGUUUAUUCUCUUUCUUAUGGAUCUAUGCCAUUGGGAAUGUACUCCGUCUACGCCGUAUUCACAUUGAUGUUUAUCACAGAAAUGGGAUAUUUAUUGAUACAAGGCAGUAUAUUACACGAAGCGAGUAAAAUAUCUCUAAAGACAUUACUUCAUAUUGAUACCAGUAAAAUGGACCAGGGAACUACUACUGAGCAUGGUGUACAGUCCAUUAAUAUAUAA